UGCGCCCAUGAACACGUUGUGAUGUAUGCCAACUGUUAAUUUUUUCGAGAAAGAAAUGGUAAUCGUAAUAUGAAGGUCACAUUGAGGCUGUUUUUCACGCCUUCACAGUAUCGACUUCAAGAGUAAAAGUAAAAGACAGACAAGCUGUUUUAGAUAAGUCUUUCAAAAUGCCAGUCAGGGUGAAACACAAAUUUCAUCCCUUGCCAACAGUGAGAGACCUUAUAAAGAUGUAUAAAAUUAGAGCAGAGAAACAACUAGCACAGAAUUUUCUCCUUUGUACUAAAACAAACAGAAGAAUCGUAAAUGCAGCUGGUAAAAUCAAGAAUAACUACAUAUUUGAGGUUGGCCCUGGACCUGGUGGCAUUACUCGUGCCAUUUUGGAGAAGAAUGUUUUAGGUCUAACUGUUGUUGAGAAGGAUAAACGCUUUCUGCCAGGCUUAGAGUUAAUUAAAGACACAGCCAAACACACAGAGAUGGAAAUUUUCAUUGGAGAUAUCCUUUCAUUCAAUAUGAACCAAAGGUUCCCAGAUGAAUUAAAAGAACAGUGGGAAGAUGGUCUACCUAAGAUUAAAAUACUGGGGAACUUGCCAUUUAACAUAUCAACUGGACUUAUUUUAAAAUGGCUGGAAGAUAUUUCUAAUCAGAAUGGUGCAUGGAGCUAUGGGAGAGUUCCAUUAACAUUGACAUUUCAAAAAGAAGUUGCUCAAAGACUAGCAGCCCCAAUAAACUCCAAGUUCAGGAGCAGGUUAUCAGUGAUGUCACAGUAUCUCUGUGAUGUCAAUCAUGUUUAUAAUAUUCCAGCUGAGAAGUUUAGACCAAAGCCAGAAGUUGAUGCAGGUGUUGUAAAUUUUGUCCCAAAAGUGGAACCAUUGAUCAAGCAGCCAUAUCCAUUGGUUGAAAAAGUAGUUAGACAUGUGUUUCAUUAUCGCCAAAAGAGGUGCCAGAAAAGUAUAUCGACACUAUUUCCACCAGACCAAACAGCGGAGUAUACACAAGAAAUGAUCCGAGCUGCAGAGAUUGAUGACAGAGCCAGACCUUUUCAACUUGCUAUUGAACAGUAUGCACAGUUGUGUGAGAAGUACAGUGAGAUAUGCCAGCAUGAUCCACUGUUGCGGGACUAUGACUACAGGUCACCCAGCAGUGCUGCAAUGAGACGGGAAUUUAGGCACAGGAAACGGGAAGAAAUGCUUGGAGUAAGGGAUGAGCAGGCAUCAACACAAGAACAGCACCUAUAGCUUUUCAUUUGGAACUUUUUUUCAUGCAAUGACAAAUUUGAGUGCCUAAGUGUGAUUUAAAAAGAUUUAUGUUUUAGUGAUUCAUGAUCUUUCUUGAAACAAGACUCUCUUGCUUAACUCCACCUUUAUGUUCAAUAAAAUGCAAAGAAUUCCCUUUUUCAAAGGAAGUCAACAUCGAUUGUUUAGAUAUAAAAAUAAUCCACUAAGGCUGGUUUUUGCACUCAAAAAUUAUUUUGGUUCUUUGAAUCAUCCCUGUAGGUUGAAGAAUAAAUAAUAUUUUUCAUUACAUUGUGUUAAAGACAGGAAAUGGCAAAGGAGACAGAGCAGAAAGACGAGGUGCUUGGUUUAAGUUCAGACAAACUGCCUGUCCAUAAAAUAAAAUAAACUAUCCAUGAAAUUCAAUAAUGUCAAUUUAACUUUUAAGCUAUUUAUUUUGCCCACAUAAAAAUGGUCAUUAACAGUUAAAUAUCAUCUGUUCCCGAAUUCAUCUUUUAAAUUAUUUUAUACAUUAAUAUAGCUAUUCUGGAAACAAAAGUAAAAAUAAACCUCCAGUUUGGAGGAAAGCAAAUAGUUGAAACAAAAAGAACUUCCCUUGAGCACCCAGUGGUAAAACUAUCUAUACAUUAAUAUCUUGACAUUAUUAGACCUUUUAUAAUAGUACUUUAACAGCAGUUAUGUGAACACUACAAAGUAGCA